GUCAUUUCGGCCAUUGGAGACGUCUUUCGAGUACCUGCUAUCUGAAACGGGAACGUCAGUGCAGGCUUCCAGUUCUCAUCCUACCAGUUGAAGAGCUUCCUCCGAGCUACCUAACACGCAGCUGCCGUGUACUGUACAGGAGCGGCCACCAUGUCGGGCCACGUGCUGCAGGAGCAGAACAGUCGCACGGAGCUGAUCAUCGCUGCGGAUGGCAAGGGGGCGCCACAGCCAGCCAGCCGCCUACCCCAGUACGCUGCAGCCGUCAUAGCGACCGCGGGCGCGCUGUCGGCGGGCACGUGCAUGGGCUACACGUCGCCGGCGCUGCCGCUGCUGCAGCGCGAGACCAACCCGUUCCCCGUGUCGGAGUCUGCGGGCUCCUGGGUGAGCGCGCUGCUCAACGUGGGCGCCGCGCUGGGCGCUCUGCCCGCGGGCUGUCUGGCGGCCCGCGUGGGGCCUCGCAGCCUCAUCGCCGCCCUCCUGCUGCCCUUCAUCGCCUCCUGGAUGCUCAUCGCCCACAGCGACUCCGUGUGGGAGCUGUACGUGGGGCGGCUGGUGGCGGGGCUGGCGGUGGGCGCGACGUCGGUGGCGGCGCCGCUGUACGUGACGGAGGUGUCGGAGACGCGCGUGCGCGGCGCGCUGGGCUCGCUGUUCCAGCUGCAGGUGACGGCGGGCAUCCUGGCGGGGUACGCGGCGGGGCUGCUGGCCGACCACCGGCUGCUGGCGCUGGCGCUGGCCGCGCUGCCCGCCGCCUUCCUGCUGCCCGCGCUCUGCUGGCUGCCCGAGUCGCCCGCCUACCUGCUGGCCGCCGGCAGCGACCGCGCCGCCCGCAGAGCGCUCGCCAGGCUGCGCGGCGCCCGCUACGACUACACGGACGAGAUCGCCGAGCUGCAGGACGCCGUCAAGGCAGCGAAGCUGCGUAGCAGUCGUGUGUGCGACCUGUGGGGAUCGAGAGCCGCCCGGCGCGCUAUGGCGUGUGCGCUGGGCCUCAUGGUGUUCCAGCAGUGGAGCGGCGUCAACGCCGUCAUCUUCUACUCCCAGAAGAUCUUCAACAACGCGGGCGCCUCCUUCAUGUCGCCCUCCACCGCCACCAUCGUCAUCGGUGUUGUGCAGCUGGCGGCGACCGCGGUGUCGGCGGCGCUGGUGGACCGGCUGGGGCGUCGCGCGCUGCUGCUGGUGUCGGCCGCCGUGAUGUCGGCCUGCCUGGGGCUGCUGGCGGCGCAGGUGUCGGGCCUGCUGGCGGUCACCUGGCUGCCGCUGGCCGCCGUCGCGCUCUUCAUCGUCGCCUUCUCGCUGGGCUUCGGCCCCGUGCCCUGGCUCCUGCUCGGCGAGCUCUUCACCCCGGACAACAAGCCCACGGCCGCCGCCAUCUGCGCUACUGUCAACUGGCUCCAGGCGUUUACAGUGACGAAGGUGUUCGUGAACAUGGAAGCUGCACUGGGCCUUUCGGGAGCCUUCUGGGUGUUCGCCGGCAGCUGCGCGGCUGCGGCUGCAUUCGUGGCGCUGCUGGUGCCCGAGACGCGCGGCCGCUCGCUGCCGGAGAUCCAGCGCCGCCUGGCGGGGCUGCCCGACGCCGUGGAGGCCGUGUGAUUCCCCGUGCAGUGCCACGCCACCAGGGCAGCCAACCCACUCACUCUCAAGACUGAGGACGCGGCCCGCCGCUGCAUAGGGUGCGUCCCGGCGUGACGCAGCCCAUCGUUGAGCUCCUCUGUGCAGUUUCUCUGCUGUCGCUCGGCGUCACUCAAAUAACAACUGCAACAAAAUACACUCCCUGUCGCUGGAGUUCCUACCUGACUGAUAGCACUGUAAUGUAAACUAGUUCCUUCUUUAGAUAAUGUUGUCUAUGUUGACUGUCUACCUUGGACACAUUGAUCGAUAUAUGUUUGUUUCUUAUUUGUUGUUUUUACUACAUACAACAUUUUUUAAUAAAACAAUUUUAAUUAAGUAAA